AUGGCUGCUUCCCCUCCUUCCACGAAGGACCAAAGGCCGGGCCGAAAAUGCCCAUGCGGGAAUGUGAUAUCUGAAAAAGAUACUCACCCAUGCUGCAACGAGUGCCUGGGGCUGAGACAUGCCCAGGAAGCCUUAGCUCCGGAAGGGACUUGUAUUCACUGCGCCCGCAUGCCUAUGAAGAGUCUUCGUCGUCGGCUAGCCCGCCAUGCUAGCUUGACCGAACAGGACCCCGUGCUGAGUGAACUUCCCACUCCAGGCGGCCAAUUCCAGGACGCCCCGGCUCCCGCCAGUGCGGACUGGGGCGAAAUGAUGGAUGAAGCAGUUCCAUUGCUAGCCUCCGACUUACUGCAUGAUGACACGGGCUGCGACGCCCUGGAUGCUGAGUUGGAUUCUCUGGACGGGUCAGGCGACCUCAUCUCGUUGGAAGACGAUGAUGAUCCGUUCCUGCCGUCUACACAGGCUGCAGCGCCUGCAACCCCGCACGACCUAAGCACGGAUGAUGCCAGAGGCGAUGACGGCGGUUCCCCUGCUACUGCUAUCGGUACAAGCCUGCACGAAGUUUGCAAACGCGCGGCCGAAAAGCUGAACAUUCCAUGGCCCAACGCCCCGCCUGAGAAGUCCGGUUCCCGGUACGAAGGCAAGCGUUUACCACGGGUGAAAAGUACGGAGAGACAACUCCUCCCCUUGUUCCCCGAGUGCCUGGAGGAAGCCACCCGCACCUGGUCAAAGCCGUACUCCUCCAAGAGUCCGGUCCAGGGAGGGGCCACGCUGGAUUGUGUAGCCAUGGACGAGAAUGGUCUCUCUAAACUACCUCCUGUGGAACCGUUGGUGGCACACCAUCUCCACCCUGGGCAGAAGACUUUCUCAGCCUCGUCUGCGCCGAGCUUCCCGUCGAAAACGGAUGGUUUCCAGUCAUCUAUGACCGACAAGGCAUACAGGUCUAUGGCUCUCGGUGUGCGAGCCUUAAAUGCCUCAUCCAUGUUGAUGGCGUAUCAAGCCGAGCUCCAGGACGAGAUGUCGGGCACACCGGACCAAAAGCUCUGGGACGAGAUAUGCGUUGUGACCGACCUAUGCCUCCGCCUUCAUCGCUGCUCAGUGCAGGCUUCGGGACGAGCCAUGGGCAUCCUGGUGACACAAGAGAGAGCGCGUUGGCUGACCCUAUCCAGCCUCUCUCACCGUGAGAAAGUCCAACUCCUGGAUGUUGCGGUGGAUCCGAAAGGUCUAUUUGGCCCCGCCAUGGCUUCCAUGCAACGUCGUUGUGAGGAGAAAAAGAGGGAGGGAGAAGCUCUGCAGACCUGCUUACCCAGGAAAACUCAGACAACUCCUGCUCCGACUCCAAGGCCAUCCUUCGCACAGGUGGUAACCAGACCUACACCUGGCUAUAGGAUUCCGAAACGACCCACUCCACAGCCCAGACCCGCAGUGCAACCGAAGGCUGAGGGCGGGAAUUCGUGGACUAACAAGCCAGCUACACCAGUGGAUCAGCAGGGAAGCCAGCCAGCUCCGCCUCGACCACGCAGUCACUCGAGGCCCUCAGUGGGUCAGACGGUGCAAACGCGCCCUCUCUGCGCGGGGCAGCAAGGCUUCCCUACACAAGAGGGCAGCAUUGCUCCACCGGCCGAUGUUCUCUGUGUCGCAGGCACGCUCGCGCAGCGGAUUCAACACUGGCGAACGUGUGUAAAGUCAGAAUGGGUGCUCAAAACAGUCGAAAAAGGGUACAGGUUACAGUUCGCACGCUCCCCGCCUGGUUUUUCGAGAAUACUACACUCGCAGGCGGCAGGAGAAGCGUCUCGCUUUCUCCAAGCAGAGAUUACGUCUCUGUUAGAAAAGAAAGCAAUUCAAAUUGUUCCUCCGGCACAAAGCCAAAGCGGUUUUUACUCGAGGUACUUCGUUGUUCCGAAAAAGGGAGGAGGCAUGAGACCUAUAUUGGAUCUAAGAGCACUAAACAAGUAUCUCAGACGAUACAGGUUUCGAAUGCUGACACAUGCAGCACUUCUGAAGUUCGUGCGUCCAGGAGAUUGGUUUACGACCCUGGACCUCGCGGAUGCAUACUUCCACAUUCAAAUUUACCCCCCACACAGGAAGUUUCUCAGGUUUGCCUUCCAGGGGGUAAUUUACGAGUAUCUAGUUCUGCCCUUUGGCUUGGCACUAAGUCCUCGUGUGUUUGUGAAAUGUGCAGAUGCGGCAAUAGGACCACUCAGGAUGAGGGGGAUUCGUCUGGCUAUAUAUUUGGACGAUUGCCUCCUGGCUGCCGGGUCAGAACAGGAGGCAACUGCACACACGGAAUGCGUGAUGACACAUCUGUCAUUGCUGGGGUUCAGGUUCAACCUAAAGAAAAGUGUCUUGCUCCCCUCUCAGUCGGUGAACUUUAUCGGUCUGUCACUGGAUUCAACCGUGAUGAGAGCGCGGUUAUCACAGGACAGAACGGAGACUAUGCGCGCAUGUCUCGCUCAGUUUCGCAGGGGAAAGUACGUGAGAUUAAAAGACUGUCACAGGCUCCUAGGUCUGAUGGCAUCUGCUCUAGUUGCUGUCCCCCUAGGCAGGCUACAUAUGAGGGGUUUCCAGCGCUGGGUAUCCAAACUCAGACUGGAUCCACACAUUCACGCUCGCCGCAAAAUCUCAGUCACCUCAGAUUGUGCGCUGACCCUACAUCAAUGGAGCAGACCGAAUUUUCUGACACAGGGCGUGCCAUUAGGCACAAUAUGUGCUCGGUCGGUAAUAACCACAGAUGCAUCUCAGUGGGGCUGGGGUGCCACACACGAGGGCAGAUCGGUGAACGGUCAAUGGAACUCGAGCCAACGAGCAGUACAUAUCAAUGUUCUGGAACUGAUGGCUGUUUUCCUAGCUCUGAAGCAUUUUCUACCUUACGUGGAAAAUACUCACGUGUUAGUCAGGACGGACAACACAACAGUGGUGGCCUACAUAAACAAACAAGGGGGUUUGCGCUCUCCUCAGUUACACAGGCUAGCACACAGACUGAUACUCUGGAGCCAUGUCAAUCUGCUUUCUCUCAAAGCCACACAUGUGCCAGGAGUAGAGAACCGAGGGGCGGAUCUGCUGUCGCGGGGUCACCCUCGUUACGGAGAAUGGAGACUACAUUCAAACGUAACGAAACAGAUCUGGCAACGCUACGGUCACCCAGUAGUGGACCUAUAUGCGUCCAGAGAGAACGCCCAGUGUCCCCUGUUCUUUUCCCUGAACGAUGCGGACGCCCCGUUGGGGGUGGACGCACUCGCGCACCCAUGGCCACGCGCUCUGCUUUACGCGUUUCCCCCGUUGGCACUAAUAUCCCCAACGCUGGACAGGGUGAGGAGCAAGGGUCUCACGGUUAUUCUGAUAGCGCCCAACUGGCCACAGAAACACUGGUUAGCGGAAAUAACGCAAAUGCUUUAUACACAACCUUGGCCCCUUCCGCUACAGAGAGACUUGCUGACGCAAGCACAGGGAGAGAUUUUUCAUCCCCACCCAGAGCGGCUGGCUCUUUGGGCCUGGCCCGUGAGGGGUUGA